GGGCGAUUUUUCGACGUCGGUCUCGACGCGGAUCCCCGUCCACCGGCGUCCGUGGCGUUACCGCGGACUAGUUUUUUUCCGGCGUCGACGCGGUGCCGCGCGCCGGAGUGGGGGGAGCCGCGCGCGCGCGCGGACACUCGCGCAGCGACACGCGGAGGCAUCUCCGCCGUAGGCACGUAGGUCAAGUUACGAUACUCGGCGCGGUGGCCGCGCGCGCACUCAGUUCGCGGGGAGCGCUCGUGCGGUGCGCGUUGUUGUCCCGUGUUCCUCUAGAUGAUCGAUCACGUGGGAGACACUGCGCCGAGUUCCGCACGCGAUUCCGUGGCGAAGACGCGCCGCCGUCGUGGGGAAGGGAUUAAAUGUGCGCGCCGACGCCGCGAUGGACAACCCUAGCGGCGGAAGAGACGGUCGGUACACCAACCUCGGCUACAUGGGGAUGAUCGGGGGCGAUACUGGCGCGGAGAUUUACGGCCGACCGUCCACCUCCCAGCUCGCGGCCGCGGCGGCGGCGGCCUCUCAGAUGGGCCGCGGUGGCGCCACCAUGAUGGGCGCCGCGACGCCCGGCGUCGGCCCCGGCCCCGGCCCGGUCCAGCGGGGCAUCAAGCGCACCACGUCCGACGUCUGCUACGCCGAUGACGGCGCGGCCGCGCGCCAGCAGGCGCAGCUCUCGCAGGCGCAGGCCAUGUCCGGCAUGCCCGGCGACUGCGUCCCCGACAACCUCGACGAGUCCUUCACCAGCCUCGGCCAGCCCAAGAAGUCACCCCCGUCCAACGGCAAGAAGACCAAGGGCCGGGUGAAAAUUAAAAUGGAGUACAUCGACAAUAAGCUCAGACGGUACACCACGUUCUCCAAGAGGAAGACCGGCAUCAUGAAGAAGGCGUACGAGCUGUCAACGUUGACAGGCACGCAGGUGAUGCUGCUGGUGGCGAGCGAGACCGGUCACGUGUACACAUUCGCGACGCGCAAGCUGCAGCCGAUGAUCACGAGCGAGGCUGGCAAGGCGCUGAUUCAGACGUGCCUCAACAGCCCGGAUCCGCCGCCGUCCGGCUCGUCGGGCGACCAGAGGAUGUCGGCCACCGGCUUCGAGGAGACCGAGCUGACGUACAACAUUGCCGACGACGAGCAGAAAGUAAGGCAAUUGGUGUACGGCUCGCCGCACGGUGGCUCGCUGCACGCCGGCUAUCCUGGUGGCGGGCCAGCGGGUGGCCCGAAUACCGGACCCCAUCCGCAGCAACCCCCGCCGCCGCCGCCACCGGGCUCGCAGCACGCGCCACCCUCGCACGCGCAACACGCGCACCUCAUAGCGCAUGCACACGCAGCAGCAGCGGCGGCGGCGGCCGCCUCGCCGAGUUCGCACCUCGUGCCGUGCUCGAGCCCGGGCCCGAUGCUCGCCGGAGGCCCCUACCAGCAGUCCUGCCCCUCGCCCCUGCCGCCCCAUCACGCCGCCUAUCAUCCCCACAUGUCGCACUCGCACCCCCAACGGUAGUACGCGCUCGCCCCCUCGUCGGCCUUGUGCAUUCCGUCCUCUCUCGUCGCCGGAUUUCACCUCGUGAAUUAGACGAUGUCCUCGACGGAUGUCUCGAGACUCGGUUCCGAGUGUACCGGGGAGAGACGCUUUACUUCGCGCUUUAUCUCCCAAUACUCUGGGUAGGUUCGGACCAAGUUUAGACGGGAACGAUAACCGUUACUCACGAGUCAGCGACGUAAGAAAGUUUGUGCAAUUUAUGUUGUGUACAAAGAAAACGACGAUUAGUAACGUCUUGUGAAAUAUCGCGCGUCGAUGUGUAUAAAUAUAUUACUCGGAUUAAAUUCUAAUUUAAUUCGGGAAUUUUUUUUUAAAUGGCGAAGGGACUGCGGCUUAAAAAAUCCGAUCGAUUAUCGUUUAAAUAUACGCACGUUAAAUAUGAGAUAGUUGGUAUUUUUAUAUAAUUUGUUUGAGUAUUGCAAUUUGUUCGUACUUAGAUAUUAAUUUUUAAUAAUUAAUUUGCUCUCUCUCUCUUUUUCUCUCUCGAGAAAUGGUGCACAAUUUAAAAUUUUAGCGCGUGCCGACGCACAAGGCCUUCAUAUAUCGAAAUAAUUUCCCUUCGGGUGUCAUAUAUCAUUGACAUAAUUUCCUCUUAAACGCUACAUCAUCGGCGAAUAUGUGAUGAUUAAUGAUGGAAAUAAAAAAAAUGCUUCGAAUUAGUUUGAAUAUAUCAUAAAAAAAAUUUGAGUCUUUCAGUUUGAAUAUUAUUCGAAGUUAUCUUGACAGUCUUGAAUGAUUUCGAAAAUUUUU